CACACGAGAACCUGCUCGCCGAUGCACCGCACAGGAGCCCUUGACAGUGGCCGUGUGCCUGCCCGUGAUCGCUGCUGUCUGGCCGUCUCUGCCGCUCCUCUGGAUGUUUGCGCAGAGGACACACGGCUCUGCGCUGAACAGCCCUCCACCUCUCCACCCUUUUUUAACUUUUGCGACGUGUGACGGUUCUUUUUUCUUUUCUUUUUCUUGUUUUUUUUUUUUUUUUUUAAUCUGCUGACGGGCACCUGUUCCAAGACUAUGUUCCCGUCGGCUGAGAGACAUCUUUAAGAGCCAGGCGGUCUGAGUCUUCCAACUUGAUGGCAUGGUUUUUUGUGACCGGUGUGGAAAGUUGCGCUGCGCCAGGGAGCAUGGGCGCAAAGUUUACGCUUUUUUCCGAAUCGAGAGACAGUUUUUAGAAUGAAGACAGGUGAGUCACCCCUCGCCUGAGAGGCGCGCACUGCUCCGGGGCUCUUCAGAUACUGGGAAGGAAAAGAGCGGAGGAAGUCGUGAUCUGUGCGGCGGAUUGCGCCACGGAGGACGGAGGGAACGGACCGAUGAGACAUCAUGGGUUCAUUGCUGUGUGAUGGACGACUGACACACCUCCUCUUUCCUCUCCUCCUCCUUUUGCGGGCUCCCCUGUUGCUCAGCUUCGGUGAGCGCACCUGCCCCAAUAGCUGCCGCUGUGAGGGAAAAACUGUCCAUUGUGAUUCAGCUGGCUUCGUAGAUGUCCCAGAAAAUGUCUCAGUAGGCUGCCAAGGCCUUUCUCUGCGCUACAAUGAACUGCACACCCUGCUACCGUAUCAAUUUGCUCACCUCGGCCAGCUUCUUUGGAUAUACUUGGACCACAACCAGAUUUCAGCUGUUGACAGCCGAGCAUUCCAGGGGGUCCGCAGGCUUAAAGAGCUAAUACUGAGCUCCAACAGGAUCACAUCCUUGCAUAAUUCAACAUUCCAUGGAAUUCCCAAUCUCCGCAGUCUGGACCUUUCAUACAACAAACUGGAAAUCCUGCAGCCGGGGCAAUUCCAUGGGUUACGAAAGCUACAAAACCUACACUUACGCUCAAAUGGCCUCUCCAACAUCCCAAUUCGAGCCUUCCUGGAAUGCAGAAGUUUGGAGUUCUUAGACUUGGGCUACAAUCGAAUCAAGGCUCUUACCCGUACCACCUUUUUGGGGCUACAGAGGCUGAUGGAGUUGCACCUGGAACACAACCAGUUCUCACGGAUCAACUUUUUUCUGUUUCCACGUUUAGCCAACCUGAGAUCGCUCUAUCUGCAGUGGAACCGCAUUAGGGUGGUCAACCAGGGCCUUCCAUGGACUUGGUAUACACUGCAGAAACUUGAUCUUUCUGGAAAUGAAAUCCAGACCCUGGACCCAGCUGUGUUUCACUGCUUGCCCAAUCUUCAAGUCCUCAACCUGGAAUCCAACAAAUUGUCCAAUGUGUCUCAGGAGGCAGUGUCAGCAUGGAUCUCACUAACCACCAUCAGCCUUGCUGGGAACAUGUGGGAUUGUGGAACUGGCAUCUGCCCACUUGUGGCUUGGUUGAGGAAUUUUCGAGGAAGUAAAGACACCACCAUGAUAUGCAGCAGCCCGAAGUAUCUCCAGGGAGAAAAAAUUAUGGAAGCCACCAGGAGUCAUGGUAUUUGCGAGGAAACUGAUUACGUUCUGACAGAAACCCCCUCACCAAUGUCUGAGCUCAUUUCUGAAGCAACCGCUGAACCAACCUAUGCCCCUACGAGUGGGUCUCCACCUUUGCCACCAACCAAUACCUUUGGUCCUCCUCCACCAUUCAGACCUCGACCUAUCCCUCAUCCUACCUUUCCAGGGCAUAUGAGCAAAGACCCAAGAGACUCAGUUGCUCGCACUCGCCCCACUCCUAUACCGCCCCCAGAACUGGAGCACAUGACUCUGCACAAAGUGGUGGUGGGCAGCGUGGCACUCUUCUUCAGCAUGUCCCUACUCUUGACAAUUAUCUAUGUGCUGUGGCGGCGCUAUCCAGGUGCAACCAGGUUGCUGCACCAGCGAUCCAUGGUGGGGCGGAAGCGUCGCAAAAAGAGUCCAGAGCCAGAGCAGAACCUGAGCUCCCAGCUACAAGAGUAUUACAUGAGCUACAACCCUGCUGCCACACCAGAGGCAUUGGAGGUUCUAGGCAAUGGCACUGGUUCCUGCACUUGCACAAUUUCUGGCUCCAGGGAGUGUGAGAAUGACUACACAUGUCCACGCCCCCUACCUGGUGCCUGGCUGGGAGAUUUGCCGACCAUCCAUUAACCCCCGAGACAGGAACUGCUUUGGAUGGUGCAGCAAACCUACAGUGAAACAGGGACACAGGAGCGAGAGACAUAUGCAGAACAACCCAUCAGGAUCCGACUCCCAUAAUUAACAUUCAAGGAUGCAUUAACCAAUGGUCCUCCACGCUAACAAGGGCAACCACUGACCAAGACAGAGAGGAGAUAACACCGUCUUUUUUUCUUUUCCUUAAGAUUUUAUAACAUCGUUCCUUUUUGGCCUGGGGUCGCUGGCCAUCGGCUUUGCUGCAUUCCAUCACGCUUCAUCACUAAACAAACACUGACACAGUUAGUUGUGGGAAUGCGAAGCGGAGCCUUGGAAGAGACUCGUGAGCACUAAUGGAUGGUAACAACCAACACGGGAGCUUAUUGUAUAGACGUUAAUAGCUUAUUGUCUCCAUGAGGACAACGUGGCAUUGUUUUGAACGGAGGAAGACUGAACACAUCCAAGAGGCUUUAAAAAAAAGUGUAAACUGAGCAACAAAACAUUGAUGAAAAUGCACUGAUCAGGUGGCUCUGGCCCCUCUGCGAACACAGCUGUGUAUAAUUUAAAGUGGGUUUCCAUAUUUUGAUUCCAUAUGAAGCAUCAUGUUAUCAUCUUUUCAACUUUUUUUUUUUUUUUAAGAAAGACUAAUCAAAGGCUAGGAUGAUGUACAUGUGCCUCACUGGAGCAGAAAAUUAUGAAAGGAGUCACUGAGCUUCUGCACGCCUGUCAGUAAAGAGGCAUCAGGUGGAUUUCGAGUCAGCAGCUGGAAGAUUGUUUGAAGCCGGCGAAAAAGUUGUGAGCAGAAAGCAAACUAUCCCCCAGCCAGUGACUCUCUGUGAAGUUUUCAGGUUUUUUUUGUUGUUUUUUUUUUAAAGGAAAUUUUUUUUUUUCUAAGUUGUUUCUUAAUUGCAAUCAAACCUCGACUAUCUAGUUUGAUUCGGAGGACUGAAAGGCCAAUCAGAAGCAGGAGAGGGGAAAAAAAUGAAAAAAAAAAGCUCCUGUCAAGGGUAAAAUGUAAUUUUCUGAAAUUAUAAUGUUGUUAAUGUUGUACUUUAUGAAUAUGUGUUUCUGCCAUUUUCAACACCAAAUACCAAAGAGCCAAAUGGAGCAAUUUUUUUGGGGCUUUUGGCUCUCCCAGUCAUGGGUUGUAACAGAUCCAGGAUUUGCUGUCUUAAAAGAAAUCCACGAUGACAAAAAAAAAAACAAAAAAAACAAAAAAAAAAACAAAAAAAAAAAGUGAAAUAAGCCUCAACUUCCCUCACGUCCAAGCAGUGCUCCGAAACCGAAUUGGCUUUUUUUUUCUUUUUUCAUGUGUGUAACGUGUAAGUCUUUGUGAACAAACGGUCCUGCGGUGACGGCCUUCGUUAGGAAGCUCCCGUCCGAGAGACAGCUUCGAGCACUGCUUAAACUUUAUGACUUGCGUUGAAUUCAUGCUUCACUUUUCUUAAAACGACCAGCCCCGUCUCCCCCCUCCACCCUGCACCCCCCAUCCACCCACCCCGGGAGACUUGCAGAUGUUGCUGUGCGCCGUUCCACGUGUGCUUGUGUUUCAUACGUUAUAUGAGUUUUGAAUUCUACUUCAGACAAAUUGAGUUGUGGAUUGUUUGUUUUCAACCUUCAAAACAUAAUCUUUCUACACCGGAAAAUGGUAAUUUUCUAUUGUAAAUUUCUGCUUUCCCCCCUUGGAUUUGUUGAUAUUUAGUAAGCAGCUGUAUUUCUUUGUUCACUUUCAACAGUAUGUUUUAUAAUGAAAAUAAUGACUUUAUUGGUGAGCAAUAUGAAUUGGUCAAAUUAAAAUA